GGUAUUCUUAGACAGCUCAGCAACGGUCUUCUGUCGGCGUCACUUCUUAAAGUUUAAAUUUUAAACUCUCCUUUUUUUUGCAUUUCCGUGAAAAGAAGUCCAUAUCCUUGCAAGAUGUCCAUGUUUUGGGGUUUGCAUAUGAAGCCGAGGCGCAAGUACUCCCAGACCAUUGUGAAGUCCUUCCACAUCUCUGGCGUCGCCAUCGACGAGGGCGAGAGUGCCAAACUUUACGUUACAAACGAGACUGAGAAGUUCAUUGUGGCCACAGUGUCGAAAGCCAUUCCCCAGGCACCGCUAGACCUGAACUUCAGCAAGGGCGACCAGAUAACUUUUAAUACGGAAGGGGAUGCUACGGUAUCUUUGUUAGGCUACUUGCACGACGUCGAUUCCGAAGAUGAAGAUGACGAAGACUACACCAUUGAGAACUUGAUCAAGGACUCAGCCAAGCAGAAGAAGAAAGGAAAGAAGGCAGGAGCUCAAGAGGAGGACGAGGACGAGGAGGACGAUGAUGAUGAAGAUGGUGAGGAGGAGGAAGAAGACGAUGAUGACAGUCGCCUUAUUGAGGAGUACGAGUCGCUCCUAGAAAAUGGAGAUGAGGACGAUGACGAUGAUGAUGAGGACGAGUCUGGUGAAGAAGAAGACUCUGACUCCGAUGACGAAGAGGAGGUAGAGCAGCCCAAGGCCAAGGUGGCUAAGCUAUCACCCGAGGCCAAUACCAAGAAAGGUGUCAAGGAGCAGAAUGGCGUCGCUAAGAAGGAGAAGGAGGCAAAGACCCCUCAGAACCAGAAGACCAAGCCCGAGGCUAAGAAAGAGCAGCCCAAAGGAAAGGAUCAGACCAAGCAACAGCAGUCUGCAGCCGAGCGCACUAUUACCGGCGGUGUAAAAGUGUUCGAUGUCGUUACUGGCAAGGGAGACGAGGCCAAGCCGGGAAAACGAGUCUCGGUUUACUACAUCGGCCGCCUGCAGUCGAACAACAAGACUUUCGACAGCCUGCUCAAGGGCAAGGGCUUCAAGUUCGCUUUGGGUGGUGGCGAGGUGAUCAAGGGCUGGGAUGUUGGCGUUGCCGGCAUGAAGGUUGGCGGCAAACGUCGCAUUACCUGCCCGGCGCACAUGGCCUACGGAGCACGCGGAUCUCCUCCGACCAUCCCACCCAAUUCGACACUUGUUUUUGAGGUGGAGCUGAAGGCAGUGCACUAACCAAUUAAACCCACAUCAUAUAUAUAGACUCAAAAAGUAGCCUUUAAGUACAACUUUUCUAUGUAAAACUUGAUAAAAUGUUAAAAUAAACACUUUGUUUUGCGCGCUGUUCACACA